AUCUUUCUCUCCCUCCCUCAGGCCAGGACACCCGCAUGCGGUUCUCCGUGGCGCCGCUGCCCGGGGACUCAGGCUUCAGGCAGUGGCACGACGCGAUGAUGAUGUGCGCGAGGCUGCCCGGCGGCAUACCACAGGAGUUCAGGCGGCGGUUGUGGCUCACGUUGGCAGAGAAGCACCUCCAGGCUCGGGGCGUCAGCUGGCCUCACGCGGAGAGCUUUUGCUUCAACGAGUGGUCCAACCCUGAUGACGACGAGCUGGGCGAUCAGAUUGUUAAGGACCUUCACCGCACCGGCUGUUCGCUGUUCUGUGGCGAGGACGCCGAGGACAACCAGGCCAUGCUGAAGCGUGUGCUGCUGGCCUUCGCGCGCUGGAACAAGGGCGUCGGCUACUGCCAGGGCUUCAACAUGCUGGCCGCCAUCAUACUGGAGGUCAUGGAGCGCCAGGAGUCAGACGCGCUCAAGGUGAUGAUCUACCUUAUCGAGGGCGUGCUGCCUGAGAGUUACUUCGCCAACAACCUGCGCGGCCUCAGCGUGGACAUGGCGGUGUUCCGGGACCUGCUGAGGCUGCACCUGCCGCACCUCUCACGCCACCUCGAGCACCUCCAGCACGACGCCGCGGACCUCACCACAGGCACCAUCUACGAGCCGCCCUUGACCAAUGUGUUCACGAUGCAGUGGUUCCUGACCCUCUUCAGCAACUGCCUGCCGCGGGACACAGUCAUGCGCGUGUGGGAUCUCACCUUCCUGCAGGGCAACGAGGUGCUCUUGCGAACGGCCCUGGUGAUCUGGGACGGCCUGGCACGACGCAUCCUGGAGGUCCACUCUGCCGACGAGUUCUACACCGUGAUGGGGCUGCUGACGCGCGAGAUGCUCAGCACGGGGCUCAUGGACGCCAACAAGCUCGUGCAGACCGUUGUUGGCAUGGCUCCCUUCCCCUUCCCCGGCCUGGCUGAGCUACGCGACAAAUACACGUACAACAUCACGCCCUGGACCCAAUCCGUCUCGUCCGUGGCCAAGAGGGGACUGCGGCUCUUCUACUCCGACGAUGACGAUGAGGAGAACGAUGAGGACGAUGACCAGACCAUUGCCGUCGCCACCGCCUUUGGUCUGUCCGGGAUCUUCAGGAAGAGUGCAGAGAUCAACCGGGGGUCCUCGCCAGUGGGGGGCCCGGUCAUGUCCCCCUGUGGCUACCCCGUGUCGGCGGCGCCCCUUCAGCGGACCCACGAGAGCCGCGAACUUCACCGCCCCAACCUGGAUAUCUCGGCCCUGAAGAAGCAGUACGCGAGGCUCAGGGAACGGCAGAAACAAGCCCAUAUUAUUUUGACGGCCUCCCAGCAGCGGGUGAGCUCAACGCUGGGUGGCGGCGUGGGCGUGGGCGUGGUCGGCGGCGGGGUCGGCGGGGGUGGCCAGCGGUCUACGCCCCUGACCAUGAACCACCUGCUGCGGGGCAAGAAGGCGCUCACCUCCAAGACCAAGAGGGUGGUGCCGCGCGGCGUGAUUCCCCCCGCCAUGAAGCCCAAGAAGAAGGCUGAACGAAAGCUUAGUGACUCCAGCAGCAACCGUCCCGUUUCACAACAGUCCCAGCAGUCAUUGAAGCCGCGCGCGUCCACCCAAGGCACCAUCACGCACUACCACACCCUCAAGCGGCCCCCCAAAGGCUCCGACGCGCCGCCCAAGGUCGAGACGCUGCACUGGAAGGACACGCCGCGGAGGGACAGGCGCGCGUCACUCCCCUCCGGCGUCAAGUUCCUCGAGAGUUCUUCUUCUUCGACUUCGAGUUCGUUGGGGGUGCUCGUCGUGGCGGAGGAGAUGGACGAUGAAGGCGACAGCGGCAGCAGCACCUCGACGGAACUCUGCGACGACGACGAGGACGAUAAGCUAAGUGACCUGGAGACCGAUGCGCCGCCCGAGCCCCGCCCAGCGACCACGUCCCCGCGCCUGGAGACCGUGAAGGAGACCAGGACAGCCUCCCCAGACCCCGCCAAGGCCAAGAAGAGCAAGGAGAAGGCGUUGAAAGUCCCCAAGCAGAGUGUGGGGAUGGAGGCCAAGGCGAAAGUGUUACCAGAGACCAAGGAGAGUGCCGCGACGGAGAUCAAGGAGAGUGUUGCGGAAGACGUGAAAGACAGUGCGUUACCAGAUGCCAAAGAAAGCAAAGAGAGUGUUUUAGAGGACGGGAAAGAGAGUGCGUUAGAAAAGACUGAAGUUGCUGUGUUGGAAGGAGAGAAAGAGAAGGUUUUAGCAGGCUCAGAAGAAAGAGACGGUGUUAUAUUAGCAGAUAGUGAACCCAGUGCAUUAGAAGAAGCCAAAAAUAGUGUUGUAGCAGAUGGUGAAGUCAUUGUGUUAGCAGACGACAAACACGUUGUCUUGCCAGAUACUGAAACCAGUGUUGCAAAGGACAUCAAAGAGAGUGAGUUAGCAGAAGCCACAGACGUCACUUUAGCAGAAGAUCAAAACAUUCAACAAGUGUCUUACCCCUUUAGCAACUCCACCCAGACUGCCCCCGCUGACACACAGGGACCAGACCUACCCAGCCCUCCCGCCCCUGCUACUGCUCCCUCAACCCUUCUCGGUACAGACGCACAAACGGCGGACACAGACAAUCAAAAGAGUCAGUCCAGUACUCAAGGAUAUCCCCCAAAUGACCAACUUCCCUUAGUGAGUCAAGUCAUCCUGGAAACUAUGACCUCAGAAGCGCUACCGGGGCUGGUUGAGGAUCCUGUGCAGCCCUCAGAGGUGAUUCAAGCCUCAGUGAAGGAUCAAGAGGCCGAGGAUGCUCCGUUGUGGGAUCUGAAGUCAGGGAUUCCACUUGAGGAUCUCCUAGCCAAGAAAAAUCUAACUGCGGCUGAAAUCAUCGCAAGGAUCCCGUUCCCAAGCGAUGUUAGCUUCAUGAAAGACUCGCAGGACGCCGCCAGUAAGAUAGGUAGGAACAUAUCCUUACACAAGACCGAGGGAACAGGAUCUCCGUUCAGUACCUUGCAUAAUGUGACUCCUGAACGCUCCCCCAUUGACAGUCCCAUCCUGAGAAUGCCUGCUGAUUCCCUACUCCACGACCCCAUCAGGACUCCCCCGUCCACCUCCCCCUCCAAGUCCCCCACCACCUUCUCCACGCCUUCACCCAGAGAUUCACCCAUCCUACGACCUUCAAAGUCCCCUACACUGUCACCCACCGGUUCCCUAAGUCCUAAACAGUCCUCAAAACGGUCUCUCGUAGGACUCCCGUCACCCACCACGUCAAGGUCCCCGGUAACCUCACCAACAGAUGCACUAGGUCCUCUGGGGCCUAUAAACUGGUCUCUCGUAGGACUCCCACCGAUCCAUGCCUCGGAUAUCUUUCAGGAACCCUCUCUGAUCCCUCCCAAGUCCCCGAAGAUCACGGUGGAGGAUGAAAAGAGGAAUAUUUUUGAGAUAUAUGAAGGAUACUCAGGAGGACUCAGCCACGAGGAGGACCUGAAGGAUAUCGCCGAAGAUGAGAUCCUGGAAGUGAGUAACGUGAAGGAGGGAAUUUACCACGUGAAGGAUUUGAAGGAGGAAAACAAUGGAGUGAAUACCAUAAAGUUAGAAAGCUUAGAGAAGAGCAUGGCAGAGGAAACCUUAGACAAGACGCAUGGAAUUCAUCCCGAAAUGAGUGACAUGACGGAGGAAGACUUCUUGACCAGACAUGCCAUCCACCCAUCCCUCUCACUGGACCAAAUAACGAGUAGUAGAGACAUGAGGAGUGACAUGACUGUGCUGGGAAGUGACAUGAGCCUGGAAGAGAGAAUCCGGGAACUGUUUGGACAAGUUACAGCGCAGAUUACUGAAGAAAGUGAGUGUGCUGUGGAUGGCCCCGUUGAAGCUGUGAAUAUAGAUACUGUGAAGGGCUUUAUGGAAGAUGUGAAUAAGGAUGCUGUAGUUGAUGGUACUGAAGCUGUGAAUGGAGAUGAUCUUAGCCCUGUUGAUGGCGAAAGAAGGGAUGCUGUGAAGACCUUUAUGGAAGAUGGGAAUAAGGAUGCUGUGGGUGACGUUCUUGAAGCUGUGAAGAUAGAUCCUCUAGGUCCUGUUGAUGGUGAAAAUGGGGAUGCUGUGAAAGAACCCGAAGACGAUGUGGAUACUGUGACAAUGGGAAUGGAAGAUGCUGUUCAGAUGAGCCCAACCAAUGAUGAUGUGCACCAAAGAGUUACCAGUUUAUUCAGUGACUCGCAGUUUGAAUCAAGAACUGGGGAUGAAGACCAAACCGGAGCGUCAUUUUCAGAAGCGCUGACGUCAAAAUCAGGAUAUCUGUGCCUUACUAAACCUACAGAAGAAGCGGAACCAGGCGAAGGAGAAUCAGAGAGAGAAACUUUAGAUCAAAAUAAGGUGUUUUCAGCCAUUUUAGUCCCCGAAUCCCUUGUAGAAAGACCAAGUGAAAAGGUUCCAGAAGAUUCAAAUAUUCUUGAAUCUCGUAAAACAGGAAAGGAAACUGAUGUGGUCCUAGGAACUCCAACCUCUCCUAAAUCCCCGAAGGUAAAAGAAGAAAGUGAAGUCGUUUUAGGAACGUCAUCUGUUGAGUCACCAGUAGAUAACGCAAAAGAAAUGGCCAUAGGAACUCCAUCUCCUGAACACCAAGUCGAGAGCUUAGAUAAAGAAACAGACUUACUCCUAGGAACCUCAAGUGCUACCACUGAGUCCCAAAUAGAGAAGGAAGAGGAAGUAACCAUAGGAACUUCAUCCCUUGAAUACCAUAAGAGCAUAUUCACACCAGGAGGAGAAGAGGAAAGAGAACUACUCCUAGGAACCACAAUUGCUAAUAAUGAGUCCCCAGUUAAGAACCUCUCGCAUCCUUUAUAUGGGACGAGUUCGUGGCUGUCCGUGAUGUGCAUGAGUGUGUGUAAGGACGCCAACACCUCGCCCUCCCACACCCGUCCCAUCGUGGCCAGCACCAUCAUCUCAGAGCACCAGAACAGGGUCGUCAGGAUAUCCCCGGAGGAUGAGAUGCGGCCUGUCUUCUCCUCUGUCUUCACCACCACCACCAUAACCACCUCAGCGCAGGACUCCACUCGUACCUCAACGCCAGAGGAUCAGACCAGUAAAACCACCACUCAACUCGACUCCACUCAACCAGUCACCAGUACAUCAGAAUCUCCACCAGUAACAGAGAAGGAUGGAAGCUUUACCGAGUCCAUAGACCUCGUAAACCUCAAUUCCGUGCCCAAGGUCUCGGAAGCAUCCAAAGGUCUUUUACCCUCCCAAUCCACUGCAGGACCUUUGAGCCUCGUAGGACUAAGCUCUGUGCCCUGUGUGAGUCCUUCCAAGGUGCCCAAGACGUCCCCGGGGGUCCUACCAUCCUCGUUGUCACCUCUGUACACCGAUGGAAGGUUGCCGGAGCUCCCGUCGGUGUCACUACAAGGCGAGGGGCUGAGUGGGUUCAUGAAGCAGAUCACGUCGGGGCUCAGCAUAUCCCCAGCGGAAAGGGAGGACGUGGUGCCGCUGUUCACGGUGGACGAAGGGAAGAGCUUUAAGGGUUUCGACUUGGCGUCCCUGGCCAGCGAGGAGCCUCAAGGUCUCUUUAAGGGUUUCGACCUGACUGCGUUGUCUUCUGAAGAACCUCAAUCGAUUUUGGUCUCCUUAGCUAGUGAAGAACCUCAGGGACUCUUCAAAGGGUUCAACUUGACUUCGAUGUCCAGUGAAGAGCCUCAGUCACUCUUCAAAGGCUUCAACCUGACUUCGAUGUCCACCGAAGAAUCUCCAUCACUGUUUAAGGGCUUCAACUUGACAUCCUUAGCGAGCGAGGAGUCCCAGUCACUCUUUAAGGGCUUCGACUUGACUUCGAUGUCCAGUGAAGAGCCUCCAUCACUCUUCAAGGGUUUUGACUUAACGUCCUUAGCGAGCGAGGAGCCUCAGUCCCUCCUGGCCUCGCUGGCUAAUGAGGAAUCCCAGUCACUCUUCACCAACGAUAAAAUGUCCUCCAUCAAGUUCUCUGUGCUGGAUCAGAUGCUAACCUCGGAGACUAUGGCUAAUGGACCUCCUGCAGCCUCCUCCUCGUCUUCCUUCACCUCUUCCACCUUCUCGGCGGUGCUAAAGGAAUUAUUAACCUCGGAGUCCUCACCUGAUGUUCCGCCUGUGACAUCUUCCGCGUCUUCCCUCACCUCCUACACCGCAGUAACGACCACCUCCACCUCCUUCUCUCCCUCCUUCACCUCACUACCAAAUGGAUCACCAGUAUCCACAACCACCUCCACCUCCACCUCCUUCUCCUCCCUCCCAGUAGGCUUCCCGCUGGCCAGUAUUUCCUCCUUCAAGACCACGUCGACCUCGAACACAUCGGUGACCUUCUCCCUCUUAAACAACUCUGACCUGCGCUAUGCUCUGGCCACCCCGGACCUCAUGACCUCUCUACCCGUGACCCUUUACCCACGUGACCAACUGGCGGGCGUGAUAAGUGAUAGCAUGACCUUUGACACAGAAACUAAAGUCAGAUUACAAGAAAACGAAGUUAGUGUGAGAGAAACGGGUAUUAGAGAGAGUGUAAAUGAAGUUAUUAUUAGUAGUGGUAGUGAUAGUUCAGUUAGAAAAGAUAAUAGUAGCAAUAGUAGUAGUAGAGAUAUUAGCUGUCAAGAAACUCCAAUUGAAACAUCCAGAGCCGAAAGCAGGAAACCAGGGAGUAGUAUUAGUAGCAGUAGUAUUGAUAGCAUUUGUAAUCCAUAUAGUAAAGACAGUGGAUUUAGCAAUUAUAAUGUAGGAAGAGUACCUCCAAAGCCUUCCCUUUCGCUAGACGAGAGGAUAUCUGCGAUUCUAGGGGCCAAUACGUCGUUGCCAGGGUUAGUAGCUCAGUGCGAUGGCGGGAAGGUUGGUGAGGAACCCGCGAAGGAGGAAGAGGAGAAGGAAAAGGGUAGUGUGACCUCGUGGAAACCAAAGGCAGCUCAGUAUGUGAAGGAGGAGGAGGAGGAGGAGGAGAAGGAACGGGAAGAUAAAGAAGUGAAGGAAAAGGAAGUGAAAGAGGUAGAAAGAGGAGAUGAAAAAGAAGAAACGAAAGGAGAAGUAGAAACAAACGCAACACUGGUGAAAGAGGAGAUGAAGGAGAAGGAAAUGGAGUUAGAGGAAAAGAAAGGAGAAACAAGGAGACACGAAGAGGAGAAGAAGAAAGAGGACAGAGUGACGGAGGAAAAGGAGAGAGACGAGACGGAGGAAGAGGAGGAAGAGAAGGAGGAGGAAAACAAGCGAAGCAGCAGAAAGAGUAACAUUCCUUUCACAGCAGAGAGGGAGAAGAGGAAGGAGAAUGUGGAUGAAAAAGAAUCAAUCAGAAAAAGCAACAUGGAACUUUUUUCAACACAAAAAGAGAGAGAAACGAAAGAGAACAAGAAGGAGGAGAAGAAGGAAGAGGAGAAGGAAGUCAUCACCACUGCUCUCACCACCACUAACACCUCCACCACCACCACUAGCACCACCUUCACCAUACCGAACUGGGAGGAGGAGCAAGCAUCCUUCCCUAUCAUUCCACUUGAGAGAGAAUCAUCUUUGUCAGCAUCCCUCGAAGGCCGGCUGUCACUCUUCACUAGAUACGAAGAGGAGGAAGAGGAGGAGGAGGGUGAGGAGAGGAGUGAAGGGAAGACCAAAGACCACGAAGAAGACCAUGAGGCAGAGAACGAAACGGAUUUCUUCAACGGGAAAGAUCUCAGCUCAGAGGCCAUCCGACAGAGACUUUGGCGAGGGGUGAAAUCUCUGAGCCUGGAUGCGGAUGUCUCCCUCGACCCUGAUCUCUUCUGCUACCUCAUCGAACAAAGCUCCAAGCACUGCCGGGGAGACACCAGGGACUGGGACCAGCGGAGAUCGAUGCCCAAGCGACGGAACAGCGAAGUGGCCCUGCAGGAACUGGUGAAGGAGAAUACGGAGAUCAUAGAACGAAUCCUCCGGCAGAAAUCCCUAGAGACCUCGACGCCGCUCAGAAAGGAGUUCGACGAUAAGGAGGAUAGGGACAGGCAUUCGGGGCUUUCGUCGUUCAUAAAGUUGCUAAGACAGAGAAGUGAAAAUGAGAAGAGUCCAGAAUCUGACUCCCGCAAGACUUCUCCCAUGACGGACCUACCCCAGUUCAAUGCCACCACCUCGACCACCACCACCAAACCCUCCUCUUCAGCCUCUUCCUCUUCCUCCACCACCACGGAUAGCAUCAAACCCUCCUCCUCUUCUUCCUCCUCCUCCUCUUCCUCUUCUAGACCGAGCAAACAGCUUUCUCCUCUCUAUUUGAAAGCCUUUACCCCUGAGAGAAAGUCCACCUCCAGAAAAGAAGAAAGUCCAACAGUCCAAAGUCCAACCAGAUCGACGAAGAAGGGAGGAAAUACCACCUCGCCAAGUCCGGUUAAGAGUCCAUCUCCGUCUGUUGCUAGGAAAGAAGUAUUAAGUCCAGCUCAGUCCACGAGAAAUGUCUCAGCGCGAAGUCCAACAAGUCCAACGAAGACGAAGACUAAGAAAGAGGUUCCAAGGCUAAGUCCAACGCACCCGGUCUCGAAGAAAGGAGAUUUGAGUCCAAGUCAGUCCACAGCGUAUAGGAAAAGCGAGAACACAGCAGUUUUAAGUCCAGGAAGCCCAACUAAGAAAGAAAGUCCAGGUCCGACUAAACUCCAAACAAAAGAGGUCUCAAGUCCAACCAGCCCGAUAUCAAAGAGUGGAGUUCUAAGCCUGACCCAGUCCACGCUGAAUAAGACCGAGAAUAAGACCGUUUUGAGUCCGUUAAGCCCGACUCAGCCCAAGACGAAGCACAAGAGGGAGGAUGGUUUGCCCUCAGUCCUCAGCCCAGUCAGUCCAAGGCAGCCCAUAGCGUUCAAUCCCUUCCCGACCCGCAAUGUCCCGCGGCAGCCCAAGGAGAUCACGGUCAAGCUAGGUCUGUACAGUCCCUCCAAGAAGACCACUACAUCAUCCUGAAAAAAGUAAAAUAAACAUGAAAAUACGUGGAUAGAUAAAGAAAUAAUGAAUGGAAUGUUGGAUAAACGGUGGAGUGAGUUGAAAUGAAUAGACGGAAAUUAUGAUAAUUGAAUAUAUAAGUAAAUAAUAAAUGAAUAGAGAGAUGAAUGGUCGAGUGAGCAGAAGUGUUUAAACGAAUAAGAAAAGAAGUGAAUAAGGAAGUGAAUAAUGAAUGAAUGGUGAAGUGAAUUGAUUAGCGUGAAAAUAAAUUAAUAAUCGAGAGAAAUGGGUCAUGAGAGAGAGAGAGAGAGAGAGAGAGAGAGAGAGAGAGAGAGAGAGAGAGAGAGAGAGAGAGAGAGAGAGAGAGAGAGAGAGAGAGAGAGAGAGAGAGAGAGAGAGAGAGAGAGAGAGAGAGAGAGAGAGAGAGAGAGAGAGACUGACAGGGCUUCGAAUAUAUAGAUAGACAGACAGACAGAUAAAUAGAUAGGAUACAAAUAGAUAGCUACAUGAAUAGAUAAAGUCGUUCGGUCUCAUUCAGGAAAAUAACCACGUACGUUCCUCUUGAAAUAAAAGUAAAUAAUGAAAAUAAAAAUAGCAAACUUAGGUCAGUCCAGGAAAAUAACCGCGUCCUUGUGAAAUAGAGGUGAAUAAUUAAUGAAAGUAAAUAGUCGAGUGAAUGAAUGAGUAAUGAAGAUAUGAAUGAGUGAGUGAGUUGAUGACUGUGAGAGAAAUAGAGAUAGAUGUAACUUGUUAGGCCUAUACAGUCCAUCCAAAAAAUUACUUACGUCUAAAAAGUAUAAGAAAUAAGAAGAAAAAAAACACGAAUUGGUAAGAAAGUAAAGGAAGUAAGAGAGUUAAUACGUAAAUAAUAAAAAGAAGAAUAUAGUGAGUUAGUGAGUGAAUAAACUGAUUAAAAAUAUGAGAAAUAGAGAAAAACGAAGAAGAAAUUUAAGAAAGUAGUUGAUACGUCAAUAAAAAGAAAGACAUAGCGAGUUAGUGAGUGAAUAAACUGAUGAAAAAUAUGAAAAAUAGAGAAAAAUGAAGCAGAAAUUUAAGAAAGUAGUUGAUACGUAAAUAAAAAGAAAGACAGCGAAUUAGUGAAUGAAUAAACUGAUGAAAAAUAUGAAAAAUUGAGAAAAAUGAAGAAGAAAUUUAAGAAAGUAGUUGAUACGUAAAUAAAAAGAAAGACAUAGUGAGUUUGUGAGUGAAUAGAGAAAUGAAGAAAAUAUGAACUAAUCAGAAAUAUAUAAGAAAAUUGAAUUGAAAAAGACUGAAAAUUGCAGUGAAUGAAAAAGAAAAUAAUAAGAUUUGAUACGUAAAUAAAAAGGAGGAAAUAGUGAGUUUGUGAGUGAAUAAAGAAAUUAAAAAAAUGAAUCAAUCAGAAAUAUAUAAAAAAAAAAGAAUUGAAAAAGACUGAUUGUAGUGAAUGAAAAAUAAUAUAAUAAGAGUUGUAGUUGAUAAAAAAAAAAAAGGAGAGUGAAUUAAUGAGUGAAUGAAAUAAUGAAAAAUAAAUAUGAAUCAAUGAGAAAUAAGAGAAAAUGCAUUGAUUAAAAAUAAGUCUACGAAUUGAUAAACAAAUAAAAAAAGGAACUCAGAGAUUUAGUGAAUGAAUAAAAUAAUGAAAAAUAUAUUAAUAAACACGGAAAUUACGUUUAAAAGAGUUCAAUUUAAGAAGACUCCAUUAGGGAAAGAUAAAAAAAAAAUAAUGGAAGGAAAAAUACAAUAAAUGAAUGAAUGAAUGAAUGAAUAAAUAGAUGAAUAAUUAACAAUAGAAAAUUAAUGAAUGCAGAAAUUACGUUUAAAAGAAGUUCAUAUUUUAAGAAGACUCCAUUGGUGAAAGGUAAAAAGAAAAUAAAUAAUAAAAUAAUAAAUGAAUGAAUGAAUUAUAUAUAUAUGAAUGAGUCAACAAGAUCCACCAUUCCAUACAUAGAUUAUCACGCAUUUUAUAAGAGUGCUGAAUGUAUAUGUAUAUGUAUGUAUGUACGUACGUGUGUGUGUAUGUGUAACUUUUUUGCUGCACUUUGUAAAUAACUAUAAAUAUAUAUACAUACAGAGA